AUGAGCAGCAAGAAGAACGCAGCCGCCAUCGCCACCGCCGCAGGAAAGGUUUCACGCGCUUGCGAUGCCUGCCGAGUGCGGAAGGUGAAAUGCAACGGUGACCAGCCAUGCGCGCAGUGCGCUCAUCUCAAUCUGCCCUGUGUAUUUGCACCAGCGCCACCCAAGCGCAAACCAGGCAUUCGAGGCCGUCUCGUCGCUCAGCUACGCAACAAGACACCAACAAGCGGACCAGGUAGCUCACAAACCGUGUCGCCGCCAUCCACGGCCCUGGCUGGUGGCUCUGUUAGCGGUGGCCCUUCAUCGGCUGGGUCGUCGCCUAGAUCAGGCGUCAUCCCAGUGACCUCAAUUGCUGGAAUUGUCGAUAACCUGGGAAGCAGUCCGCCCUCAGAACCGGCAUUUACGAUUGGAGGAUGUGGCUUCUCGGCAGACUUCUUCCUCGGACUACUCCCCGAGUUUGAGGAACUUGUAUAUCCAGUCAACCCUGUCCUGACACCAGCCGAGAUACGGACUGCCAUUCAUAAUAUGCAUAGCAACUUUGAAGAUGCUGCUCUAGUACAUGCCUAUGCAUCAGUGACCAUCAACCUCACCAAGACGUCGUGGACAAUGAAUGGAAUCGACAUAGCUUCACAAAUGACAACCUUGAUGCAAUACUGUCUUUGGGCGCAUAGGAAAGCUGAAAUGGCGAGAGAAGGUGAUGGAUAUAACGGUGGUUUACAAGGCGAGAUGCCAAUCACCGUCAAGCGCAUCAUGACGUGUAUUUGGCUCGAAAUCUGUCUCAUGGCCUUUAAACGAUUUGACCGAAGCUAUACAAUACUCCAAGAAGCCAUCAGCAUGGUCCAAAUGCUCAACAUGCAUCAGUAUGGCCAGGGCGACCGUCGUCUGACCCAUACAGAACUGGCCCGGCGUCAGAGAAUGUACUGGGAGGUCUACAUCCACGAACGCUUCCUAUUCAUCAUGUCCGGGUUCCCAUGCACCAUGGUGCCUCUGCGCACUGGACUGCCCCUUCACGACGAAACUCUUGCCGCCCACGUCGCAGUCGGAUGGAACCGCCUGAUCCUCCUCUUCCAAAACAUGGACGACGCCUUCCUCUCAUACUGGGCCGCUCAGCAAGUCCCCAACCCCCUCCUCCCCGAGAUAACAUCACAGUGGAUAGAGAGCAAACAGGCACAGCUCGACCAAGACGAGGCAGAUGCCGUCGGGGACGAGAAGGAAAUGAUUGUCGCCGGGUGCGGCACGCUCAUCGAACUACAACACGUCGACCUGUUCAUCACCCGGCUCUGGCUCCGAACCCUGGUUUGGCAGCUAGCCCUCUCCCACGGCCUGCUCCGCUCCGCGCCAACACAAAACACACACGAGGGCCUGUCGCUUCAUUUCCCGGCGCAGCGCCUCUCCGCACAGCUCCGCAGCCUCGUGUCCCGCUUGAAAAGCGUAUCCAGCGUCGUCUUUCACGGGAGCGGCAUCCUCCAAAAACUGUUCGAGAUUACCAGCACCGUGGCAGAUGUGCUGGCGCUUCCGCGCGGAAUCGGCCAGACGGAAGACGAGUCCCGGGCGAGGCUCGAGGACUUCUUCUACCUCGUCAAGUUCAUAUUCAGCUUUGAGAGAACGCAGAAACACCAAAGGGACUACCUGAGAGAGAAACUCGAGGUGCUGGAGAAGAUGUACACCGUCGUGGAUUUCAGGGAACUGGCGGGCGCGAGCCCUUCGUCCGCAUCAGGGGAUGUAUACGAGUCAAUAGCAAAGGCUACCUGA